GGCGGUGUUUGUAACAUUCUGUGCUAUGAUGUGUCUCGAAAUUCUAUUUCAUGCGGUGUUCAGAUGAUUUUGGUCCACAUGCUAUAGUAUUACUUUUGACACGAUUUUGGACCACAUUAUAAUAUCAUUCUUUGAUGACAUGCUUUUGUAUCCCCCCCUCCCAAACCAGGUGUACUCCCUCCAGCACAGCAAAGAGGACCAGCAAGCCUAUCUUAACCACAUCGUUGGAGGUGAGAUCACUUUAAUGCUGCUGGAGGUGCUGUUUGGGGUUCUGGCUCUGGCUUUCCUGUCUGGCUGCUACAUCCGCCUGGCCGCACAAAUCCUUGCCACCGUCCUGCCCCUGGUGAUCCUAUUCAUUGACGGCAACAUGGGCUACUGGCAUCACACUCGCAAAGUGGAGUUCUGGAACCAGAUGAAACUGAUAGGACAUAAUGUGGGCAUCUUUGGGGCUGUGCUGAUCCUGGCGACUGAUGGUUGAACCCUUGGGUUAGCAGACAAAUUUCAUUGACUGAGAUAUCGGCGACGGAUGACAUUGUUGGCCAUAAUGUCACAGCCUGACUUUGUACUCAAAGCUGCUGCUGCUCACUGACCACUCAGGAUUUAAACACUCCAAGCUGAGACUGCUGGAUGUAAGCCGCGUGGAUUGUCUUUGCCUACCACAUCGUGACUAUGCUUUUGUAUUGUUCUGAUAUAUAAAACUGAGUAUUGGCACUGUAAGUACACCAACAGGGAAAUACCUUAUACCCCCAAAAUUAAAAACUUGAGUGGUAAUGUACAAUACAGUGUAUGGUUUAAGGUUUUUACAAGUAAAGGGAAACUUAAAUUUAACUUAUAUGGCUGUUUUUUUUUUUUAAAUGUUUUUUUGUGUU